CUUCUGUGCAAUCCCCAAUUGAAUAGAUACUAUAUUCCACAUUUGACCCAUAUAGCCCUUUCCUCCCAGGAUAACCGACAAGUAUGGCUAAUAUACCAGCAGUCAAAGUUGUCUUCGGCGGCUACGUGACAGGUUAUUCCUUGAAACAGAUCGAGGAGUACCUGGCCGUGCUGGAAGAAGCAGGCGUGCAGAACAUUGAUACGGCCCAGAUGUAUGGCGACAGCGAGAAGCUCCUGGGCCAGGUUCAUGCGGCAUCGCGCUUUAUCAUUGACACCAAGCACGUUGGUGGAGGCAUUCCCGGGGAGUCAUCCAAGGACAAAGUAAUUGCCCGGGCCAAGCAGAGCCUCGAGGAUCUGCAGACCGACGCUGUUGACAUCUUCUACAUCCACGUGCCGGACCGAAAACAUCCCCUCGAGGACACGCUGGCCGGAAUCAAUGAGCUGUAUAAAGCCGGCAAAUUCAAACGGCUCGGCCUCUCCAACUUUUACGCUAGCGAAGUCGAGGACGUUAUCCGCAUCAGCAAGGAAAACAACUUCGUCCUCCCCACGGUGUACCAAGGGAACUACUCAGCCAUAGCCCGGAAGCAGGAGCAGGAGCUUUUCCCAACGCUGCGCAAGCACAACAUUGCCUUCUAUGCUUACAGCCCAAUUGCAGGUGGCUUCCUUGCCAAGACAAAAGAGCAGAUUGUCGACCCGAAGGUGGCAGGGCGAUGGGAUCGCAACACCUUCAUAGGGGGGUUGUACCAUACGUUAUACAAUAAGCCCACACUGCUGGCUGCGCUAGACACAUGGGGUCAGAUCUCCAAGGACUCAGGUAUCCCCCGUGCUGAACUGGCCUAUCGAUGGGUGGCGUACCAUUCAGCUAUUCGGGCAGAGUUAGGUGACGCUGUUGUUGUGGGGGCUAGUCGGGUUGAGCAGCUGCAGCAGACGCUGGAUGGGCUGAGUCAUGGGCCAUUGGAUGAGGAUGUUGUUGAGAGGAUCAAUGGGAUCUGGAAGGAUAUUGAGCAUGAAUCGCCAUUGGACAACAUGGAGGUUCUCCUGAAUGCACAAGUUUGAUGUACACAAGUGGACGCGCCUGUAUGUACCACUAUCAUGGAUCUAUGGCUUCACGGAAGCCCUAACCGGUACUCAUGGACGUGAGAUGCCGCCCCUUCUCCGUAUCCAAUGGCAGGUGGACUAUCCUGUUGGUUCGAACAUUAGAUGGAGCAGCUGUUGAUUGCAAUGGAAUAUAACAGAGUAUGGCCAUAUUACUG